AUGGAUGCGUUUGCCCAAGGGGUCCAGAGGAGAUGGUCGGAGACAGCCGCGGCAGAGAUGUCGGGCGCCGAGUCUUCCGAGCAGGCGGUGCGCAGGUGGUCGAUGCCGUGGGACUGCCGUCACGUGACCGAGUGGCCGAGACAAGACACGACGACGGCCCGGUCGCGGCUCAGGGUACCCGGUCCGUACCACCAGGAGCAGCGCAGCAGGUCCUCGACCCCGGAGUCCCUGUGGAAGGCGCAGCAAUCGGCGACGCAGAGCGCGAGCCAGGACGGCUUGCGCGAGGCCAUACAGUUGCUCUCGUGCAAGCCGGGACUCAGGCCCUCGAGCCACCACCACCACCACCAUCAGCCCAACAGCGCUCAUCAGGCCGCUUCGGCGUACCAUCAGCCAGUCCUGCCCGGUGUCACCCUCACCGCCUGUAGCUACGAGACCAUAGGCUACGAGUCGUCGGCCUCCUCGUCGUCCGUCUGGCCGGGCUCCUGCAGGGCUGGGGCUGGCGGUGGCUCGUCGAGGGGAACCUGCUGGCCCCACGACUAUUCCCACUCCAGCGAUUACUCCGACCACUCGGGCCAUCGGGAUAGCGACCACAGCGUGCACAGCUGCGAGCACAGAGAUUCGGAGCACAGCGUAGGAAGCGGUAGCGGGCACGGGGACAGCAAGGACAGCAUUCAUUCCCACAGCGAUUACGGUGGUCAUCGCGAAUCCGAUCCCGGACCGGUUGAGCUGCUCCAGUCGCGCAAGAACAGCUCGUCGACCGACUCGUGCAUCUCGGCUCACAGUAGGUCGGGCUCGGAGAGCGCUGCCGGUGCUGGGGAAUCGGUUAGAUCGAACCUGUACUCCAUGUGGAGCGGCAGCGAUUUGCCGUUCAUCAAGCUGACCGAGAGCAGCGAAAAUCAAGAGGAUUCGACGCGCUGAUGUGACCGAGCA